AUGGUGCUGAGUCAAAUCAAAUACUCUGCUCGAGGCCCGAACAAGAGGACGAUUGUGAAUCCAGGGAACAUGAAUAACAUCCUAAUGAGAGUUUUCUCACACGUCUUCUCUCUCCUCCGUCUGUACAGGAGCAGACAGUCUCUGAAGGUCAGAGAGCAUAAAGUCCUGGGUCCGUAUGUGGACGGUCUGUCUCAGCUGGCUGUGAUGAACUUCGAGGACAUUGAGUCUCUGAUGUCGGAGGGGAAUAAAUCACGCACAGUAGCCGCCACUAACAUGAACGAGGAGAGCAGCCGAUCGCACGCCGUCUUCAGCGUCAUCGUCACGCAGACGCUGUAUGACCUGCAGUCUGGGAAUUCUGGUGAGAAAGUGAGUAAGAUCAGUCUGGUUGAUCUGGCCGGCAGUGAACGUGCUUCUAAGACUGGAGCCGCUGGAGAGAGACUGAAGGAGGGCAGCAACAUCAACAA